AUGUCCUUCCUCUUCGACCGUCCCCCCGCCGUCCUCGUUCCCGCCCCCGCCGUCCACGAUGACCCCGACGUCGUGCGCCUUCCAGUGUCCGUCUGGCGCGCGCUGCUACUCGAUAACGAGACCAAGACUGCCCUGUCGGUGGCGAGAGCCGCAAAGGACGGGGGUGUACCCCGCUUGCCGGCCGUAACCUGCUGGGGCGUGCGCGACGAGGAUGCUGCGGGGGUGCUUGUCCCUCGACAGUGGCAGUCCGAUUACCCCCAUCUCUUCCCCCGGCAGUCUGCUACCUCUGCAGCCACAACACCCACCCACUCACUCACGGUCGUGAAACCCGUCCCUCUGACCGAAGCCAUCUUUACCGCACUCUCAAACGAUGCGUAUGCUGCUGCAUCCUCCGACCCGUCUUUGCUGGAAGACUGGCUCCUCGACAGCGACCAGAUCCUGCGCGAAGGCACCACAUACACCUACCCCGCGUCCGGUUCUUCCGGCUCAUCAUCCUCGUCUUCCUUCGCCCCCGGCACCCUCGCGUACACGCUUGCUUUGUGCGCCCCCGUGCAGCAGGGCAUCGCCGUGCGCGGCCAAACGAAGCUCUACGUCUCCGCGCACCCCUCCGCGGCGUUAGACGGCCCCGUUCCGUCCGCGGACUCCAUCCCGGACAUGAUCGUCGACGAGCUCGAGGCCGAAACUGGCUCCGAGCGCGCCGAGUCUGCCAAUGGGGACUUCGAGAUCGGCGAGGACUUCCUCGCCGGCUCCACUCUCCGCGCGCUCGCCAUCGCCAGCCCGAGCGCGACGUCGAGCCCGUCUUUGAACGGGCACCCGAUGAACGGUGCAUCAGCUUCAGCCUCACCAUCUCCGAGUGGGGGAAGCUUGCACUUGUCGUCGGUCGAGUGGACGUGCUGCGCGCGUCCACUACGGCGUCCGGUCCGCGUCGUCGAAGACGAGUGUGCGGUUUAUGUGCGCACUUCGGACCUGAGCCGGAUCGGGGUGCAAGAGAGUGACUGGGCCAUCAUCAGGUCCAAUGACAACAGCGUCAACUUCAGGCUCGCGCGGGUCCACGCAAACGACGAUGUUGUGAGCGGCUCCGGCGCAUACCUCUCCCCACAGCUUUUGUAUAACAUCCACCCUCCUAGUGGAUCCGAGCGCACGGUGGAGGUCUGCGUUCGGCCCAGUCCCUUCGGCUCGCGCAGGCCUACCAUUCCGGUAGCGAAGACAGUUACGAUUGCACGCGUCGCAUCGGCCUUCUCAACGGACCGCGCAUAUCAGCCACUCUUCCUCCGGGCUCUGCAAGACUACUUCAAGCGGACCACACGCCUUGUCAAGCAUGGCGACGUCAUCGCCGUGGGCAUCAACACAGACGACCUGCUGAAGCAGCCUUCCGGACCGGAGCAUGAGGCUGAGGACGAAGGUGUGGAGGAAAUUGACCUCGAUGCCCGUGAAGCGGAGGACGCCCCCAACGAACUUGUGUACUUCGUCAUCACGAAUGUCGAGCACAGCGUUCCUUCACGAUUAGGGGAGGGCUCGUCUCCCGACAUGUACCUUGGCGCGACAGUGGGCGAACUCGGAUGCUGGGUGGACACUUCCGUUACACGCAUGGUGCAGACGGGCAUCGAACACUCGAGAAUCCCAGAUAUGGGUGCAUACUUUACAGGUACCUUGCAAGUGUCGCCACCUGCCGACGCCGUACCCGACCAGAACAUGCCAUUUGGCAAGCUGUUGGCUCUCGCUUCUGCCGCGUUGAACCGCCGAGCAGUGGAUUACCACCUGCAACUGUCCAUCUUGCUGAAGGGGGCUCGUGGCAUCGGGAAAGCGACGGUAGCGUAUUGGGUCGCUCAUCGGCUCGGCGUGCAUCUUCUCGAGGUCGACUGUUACGACGUCAUCGGUGAGAACGACGCCAAAACGGAAGGAACGCUGCAAGCUCGCUUUGAGCGAGCUGCGUCGUGCUCGCCAUGCGUUCUGUUGCUCCGGCAUAUCGACGCCUUCGCCCAAAGCACACAGGGGCAGGAGCCUGGCAAAGAACCCGCCGUAGCUGAGACCCUCCGCGACUGUAUUGCGGGCCUACAGCCUUCGUGGACCCUGACAGGAUUCCCCGUGCUGCUCUUUGGAGCUACCGAUAAUCCUGACCGGGUGCCGCCAAAAGUCAUGUCCUGUUUCAAGCACGAAGUUGCUUUUGAAGCACCUGGGGAAAAUGAACGUCGUGAAAUUCUCUUGUCCAUUCUUUCCGACGCGAUUCUUGCUCCCGAUGUCUCGGUGAAGGAUCUUGCCGUUCAGACUGCUGCCCUUGUUGCGGCUGAUCUGGUGGACCUGGUAGGCCGAGCGAAGGCAGCCGCGAUUCAGAGGUGUACCAGUGACACUAGUACAACGUAUGAUGUCUUUUCGGCCGGUAUCCCCCUGUCUUCGGCAGAUUUCGAGUCGGCUCUCGGCAAAGCUCGUGCAUCUUACUCAGAAAGCAUCGGUGCCCCCAAGAUUCCUUCAGUCUCCUGGGACGAUGUUGGUGGUCUUGCGCACGUCAAGAAUGAUAUCCUCGACACGAUACAGUUGCCCCUUGAGCAUCCAGAGCUUUUUGCAGACGGUCUAAAACAGCGCUCAGGCGUUCUCUUGUACGGUCCCCCCGGCACGGGCAAGACUUUGAUUGCCAAAGCCGUCGCCACCACCUGCGCACUCAACUUCUUCUCCGUCAAAGGCCCCGAGCUCCUCAACAUGUACAUCGGCGAGUCUGAAGCGAACGUGCGCCGCGUCUUCCAGCGCGCGCGCGAUGCCCGCCCCUGCGUCAUCUUCUUCGACGAGCUCGAUUCCGUCGCGCCCAAGCGUGGCAACCACGGCGAUUCGGGCGGCGUCAUGGACCGCAUCGUCUCGCAGCUGCUCGCAGAGCUCGACGGGCUCGCCGGCGGCGGCAGCGGCGCGGACGUCUUCGUCAUCGGGGCCACCAACCGCCCGGACCUGCUCGACCCCGCGCUUCUCCGCCCGGGGCGGUUCGACCGGAUGCUCUACCUCGGCGUGAGCACGACGCACGACGCCCAGCUCCACAUCCUCCAGGCGCUCACGCGCAAGUUCCGGCUCGAGCCUGCGCUCGACCUCGCGCGCGUCGCGGAACGGUGCCCGUUCCACUACACCGGCGCGGACUUUUACGCGCUUUGCGCGGACGCGCUCCUGAAGGCGAUGGCGCGCAAGGCAGAGGAGCUCGAGGCGACGAUCGCGACGCUGAACGCGGCCCCGCCGGCGGAGUCGCCGCAUCCGUACCCGCUCACGCCGCAGUAUUACCUGGGGGAGAUGGCGACCAAGGCGGAGACGGACGUCUUGGUUUCGGAGGAGGAUUUCAACGCUGCGCUGAGGGAGCUGGUGCCUAGCGUCAGCCAGGCGGAAAUGGACCAUUACGCGCGGAUCCAGCAGCGGUUCUCAAACGAGGCGCUAAGAAAGAGCCGGGAGUAG